AUUCUGGAUGAAGACCUUAAAUUCCAAGGAGAUAUAAAAAGAGAAAGUUUGGCAAUUAAGCAUGGAUCAUAGGACUGAGGAGAAAAGAAAGCAACGCCAUAGCUUGACUUUACUGGAACAAGUAAAAAGAAUGAAAGAAUCAUCAGAGAUAGUUGAUGUUGUGCUGGUUGCCGAAGGUGAGAAAUUUCCCUGCCAUAAGGUGGUACUAGCUGCCUUCAGUUCUUACUUCAAAGCCAUGUUUACCUGUGGCUUGGUUGAAUGCACUCAAAGAGAAGUGGUGCUGUAUGACAUCUCAGCAGAGAGUGUGUCUGUAAUACUCAAUUACAUGUACAGCGCGGAUUUGCACCUCACUAACCAGAACGUGCAGACUGUCGCUCUGGCUUCGUAUUUCAUGCAGAUGGAAGAUGUUUUCAGCUUGUGUCAAAAGUACAUGAUGGACCACAUGGAUGCUUCCAAUUGCGUGGGCAUCUACUACUUUGCAAACCACAUUGGAGCAGAAGAUUUAUGCGAUCAAGCGAAGAGGUACUUAUAUCAGCACUUUGCUGAGGUGAGCUUACAGGAAGAAAUACUGGAGAUUGAAGUCCAGCAGCUGUUGACUCUUAUAAAAUCAGAUGAUCUGAAUGUUUCCAGAGAGGAAAGCAUUCUGGACCUUGUCAUUAGAUGGGUGAAUCACAGCAGAAAGUCGCGUGCGGAACAUCUUAUCAAGCUCUUGAAGGAAGUGAGACUGGUACUGGUCAGCCCUUCCUUUCUCAUGGAAGCCCGCAAAAGGAACACAGUGAUUCUGUGCAAUUCAGAAUGCAAUGAUAUGUUUGAGGAAGCGUUGAAAAGCAUCAAACUAGCCACCCACCCUUCUCUCAGCUUGCGAUAUGGCAUGGAGACUACUGAUCUCUUACUCUGCAUCGGCAACAAUUCGCUUGGCAUUAGGUCAAGACAUGGGAGCUAUGCAGAUGCCAGUUUUUGCUACGCUCCUGCAACACAAAAGACUUACUUCAUUUCCUCUCCAAAGUAUGGAGAGGGCUUAGGAAGUGUUUGCAGUGGUGUUGUCACUGAGAAUAAUGAUAUUAUUGUGGCAGGAGAGGCAAGCGCCGCCAAAAUGUCUAGACAAAAAAACAGGAACAUUGAAAUUUAUAGAUACCACCAGCGAGGAAAUCAGUUUUGGCACAGCCUGUGCACCGCUCAGUUCCGUGAACUCUAUGCACUGGGCACUGUCCAUAAUGAUCUCUAUGUGAUUGGAGGGCAAAUGAAAAGCAAAAAUCAAUAUGUGGUCACAAACUGCAUGGAGAAGUACUCCAUGGAGCAAGGUACCUGGAGAACCACAGCACCUCUGCCAGUGCCAUUAGCCUGCCAUGCAGUGGUGACAAUGAAGAACAAGCUCUAUGUGCUGGGUGGCUGGACACCACAGAUGGAUCUGCCUGACGAUGAGCCGGAUCGAUUAAGUAACAGAAUGUUUCAGUACGACCCAGGCCGAGACAAAUGGACAGAGUGUGCACCAAUGAAGUACUCCAAAUACCGCUUCAGCACAGCCGUGGUCAACAGUGAGAUUUAUGUCUUGGGAGGAAUUGGGUGCCUUGGCCGCGACAGGGGGCAGACACGGAAAUGUCUUGAUGCAGUGGAGAUUUAUAACCCUGAUGGAGACUUCUGGAGGGACGGACCUCCUAUGCCUUCCCCUCUCCUCUCCUUGCGAACAAACUCUACCUGUGCAGGCUGCGUGGAAGGCAAGCUGUACCUCUGCGGAGGGUUUCACGGAGCAGCUCGUCACGAAGUCAUCACCAAAGAGAUCCUCGAGUUAGAUACAUGGGAGAACCAGUGGAAUGUGGUGGCCGUCAACGUCCUCAUGCAUGACAGCUAUGAUGUUUGCCUUGUUGCUAGGCUGAAUCCACGCGAUCUUAUCCCUCCUCCUCCUGAUUUAGUAGACCAAUAAAUGUUCAGCGGC